AUGUCUGCCGUCGCUGAAACCAAUUCCCUACACCCCAACCAUCAGCGCCUCAUCGACCUCGCGCGCGAGUUCUUUGCUGAGGUUGAGAACCUAACCCCCGGCAAAGACCUCGAGGCGCGUCUCAACGCUGACUACGGCCGCGGCAACCGCUUCUACGACGGCUUCUGCGAGCUCAUCAAGGGCGCGCUCGACAACGACGAGGGCUGGGUCGCCACCGAGGCGCUCGACGGGCCCAAGUAUCGUCGCUCCAAGGUCGCCUGGCCGAGCGAGGAGAACCGCUAUUUCAGCAUCACCACCGUCUACAUGGAGAGCAUCGAAAAAUACAGCGGCCAGUACCACCAGCACCCCUAUGGCGAGAUCAACUGCGUCAUCCAGCUGACGCCCGGCGCGGAGCUGAUGGGCAUGAAUGGCUGGCAGGGCGAAGGCUGGACGAGCCCCGGCCCUGGGACGCAUCAUUAUCCCGAAGUGCGUGGCGGGGCCCUUGUGGCAUUGUUUUUCUUGCCCGCGGGGAGGAUUAGCUAUGAGGCGAAGCCAGGGAUGCCGCAGCCGAUUAGUGUGUGA